CUUUUCAUUGCCUCACUCCCACACGCCGCCCCAGUCUUGGUUUAUUCCAUUCUGAACCCUUCCUGCCCCUCCCCUGACACAGCCUCAAUAAAAUCCAUUCCCAAGUUGCCAUCAAGAAGAGCGCACGGCAAUGUCAGACAGUGCGUAACGACAGAUGAAGAGGGAGUGGUAUUCGGAGUUGAUAGAAGAUAGUGUGCUUUGCUCCCCCACAUAAAGGAGGACUCUUCAUUAACAAACCGCAUCUCCAGUGUCACCUUUCGACUUACUAGAGCCGCGCGUAAUAUUUGGGUAGAAUGAUGACAAGCGCCUUGGCGACAACAUUGACACUCCUGUCUUGGGGUUACUGCGUGUUGGCCACGCAGGUCGCCUUCUCCAACUUCUCCAUGGACAACGAGGUGCGCUCCAGCUUCAUCCAGCGGCGGCUGCGGAGCCAGGAGCGCAGGGAGAUGCAGCGGGAGAUCCUCUCCAUCCUGGGGCUGCCGCACCGUCCGCGUCCGCACGUCCACACCAGACAGAACGCUGCCCCGAUGUUCAUGCUGGACCUGUACAAUACCAUCUCCACAGACACCGAGCCCCACGGAUAUUCUUAUUACAAGCCCGUUUUACCCACCCGGGCCGCCCCCAUGGUCACCCCACAGGACAGCCGCUUCCUAGAUGACGCAGAUAUGGUGAUGAGCUUUGCCAACCUCGUUGAUCAGGAUCAGGAUCUUCUCUACCAGCAGGGCCGAAGGGAAUUUCGUUUUGACCUUUCCCGUAUUCCAGAGGGAGAGGCCGUCACAGCAGCAGAGUUCAGGAUUUACAAAGAGUUCAUCCAAGAACACUACGAGAAUGAGACGCUCAGAGUCAGCAUCUACCAGGUCCUGCAGGAGCCUCCAAAUAGUGAAGCGGAGCUGUUGCUGCUGGACCAGCGAGAUGUUUGGGCUGCAGAGGAGGGCUGGCUGGUUUUUGACCUGACAGCCACCAGUAACCUCUGGCUGUUCAACCCUGAGCAGAACCUCGGCCUGCACCUGGUUUUGGAGGACAGCCAUGGCCAGAGGAGGAACCCGAGAUUAGCAGGGCUGUUGACGGGCAGUGGGCCACAGGAAAAGCAGCCCUUCAUGGUCGCCUUCUUCAGAGCCAGUGAGGUGCGCUUCCGCAGCAUCCGUUCUGCCCAAGGCCACAAGGCUCGCCAGUCUAACCGCUCCAAACCUCAGAGGACUGUUCAGGAUGCAAUAAAGGCAGUGGAGGCUGCAACAGAUAACCUCGGUAUCUCUAAAGAGGGAUGUAAAAAGCGUGAGCUGUAUGUCAGUUUCAGAGAUUUGGGAUGGCAGGACUGGAUAAUAGCACCAGAGGGCUAUGCAGCAUAUUAUUGCGAAGGGGAAUGUGCUUUCCCUCUCAACUCCUACAUGAAUGCUACUAAUCACGCUAUUGUGCAAACUCUGGUGCACUUUAUCAACCCGGAGACAGUGCCCAAGCCCUGCUGUGCCCCUACACAGCUCCAUGGCAUCUCAGUGCUCUACUUCGAUGACAGCUCCAAUGUCAUCCUCAAGAAGUACCGCAACAUGGUGGUCAGAGCUUGUGGCUGUCACUAAUCGCUUUUCCCCUUCCUUUGAGUUUUGCAAAUCCGGAGAGGGAUGCAUAUAAACACAGAGGUGGAGGAAACAGAGACGAGAUGAUUGACUGCCUGGUGACAAGGGAACUCCUGCCACAGAACAAAGUUUAUUCUGAGAGACUGUCUUUAUGAUCAGCAGCUGAGUCGCCCUUGUAGUAUUAACCACUACCACACCCCAAUCAGCACUAAUGGUCAGAGAGAGAGGCUGCACAAAAGAUUUUCCUUUUAGUGUGACUAGAAAAAGUCCACUAAAAGGACUCCAAGUAGUGUUGAGUUACUUGGGAAGCUCAAACAAAACAUGGAUUGCUAAAAACAUAAUGUAAAAAGUUUCAACCAUUUUCCGUAUUUGCAGAGAUCAUGUAAUGUACUACACAUAUCUGCAUUUGAAUUGUCUUUUGACAAGAGGUAUGAGAAUAUGAAAUAUUGCUUGCAUGGAAAUGUGAAUUUGAUAGUUACUCAGCCCAUAAAACUUUAAAUCUCCACCUUCCUGUUCAAUCACUUCACAUUGUGUUUUGGAACCACUGGAUGAACUUAUUUCCUGAUCAGAAAAAAUGUUCCUCAACAGACUUCACUGGUGUUGAACUGGUUGUUCAGCAGACCAGUUGGGCCAGGUCAGGUGUAAGACAUCUGGCAGCUUGUGUGUGUGCGCUGCUGAUGUAGGGGAGCUCAGUGAAGAAUGACGGCCAAGACUGUUAAUAGUGAAUAGGGUUGAAAGAACUGGCUUUUGGGCCUCAUUUCCUGGUGCAGACAUUUAACACUAGGCCUGUGAAAGGCCUACAGUCUGCAAAAUGUCAGUGAUUCAUCUUCAUGAGGCGGACAUCGGGGUGGGCAACAUCACCCCCAACUGCAGAGCUGCAGGUCAGGUCAGAUCAAACAGAGGCUGUAAUUUUAUUUUGUCAGAUUAAAGUAGCUGAAUAAAUG